CUUGGACUCUCGCCCUCGGAGGGAGGCCCGUCCCCCGGUCUCGGGCUGCGGAUCCCUGGACCUUCUUCGCGGGCGCUUCGCGUAGCGGCGGGUGACGGCAUCCUGCCCAGCAUGGCAGCCCCCUGCCCUCUGCCACCACCAGACCCCCAGUUUGUCCUCCGAGGCACCCAGUCGCCGGUGCACGCGCUGCACUUCUGUGAAGGAGGCCAGGCUCAGGGGCACCCGCUCCUCUUCUCAGGGUCUCAGAGUGGCCUGGUGCACAUCUGGAGCCUGCAGAUGCGGAGAGCACUCGCCACCCUGGAUGGCCACGGGGGCCAGUGUGUGACCUGGCUGCAGACACUGCCCCAGGAGCACCAGCUCCUCAGUCAGGGCCGGGACCUGAAGCUGUGCCUGUGGGACCUGGCGGAGGGCAGGAAUGCUGUCGUGGACUCCGUGUGCUUGGAGAGUGUGGGCUUCUGCCGGAGCAGCAUCCUGGUCCAAGGCCAGCCACGCUGGAUGCUUGCUGUGCCAGGGAAGGGCAGCGACGAGGUCCAGAUUCUGGAGAUGCCAUCCAAGACGUCAGUGUGCACCCUGAAGCCGGAGGCAGAUGCCAAGCUGGGCAUGCCCAUGUGCCUGCGGCUGUGGCAGGCAGACUGCAGCCCCCGCCCACUCCUUCUGGUCGGCUACGAGGAUGGAUCGGUGGCCCUGUGGGAUGUCUCUGAGCAGAAGGUGUGCAGCCGCAUUGCCUGCCACGAGGAGCCCGUCAUGGACCUUGACUUUGACUCCCAGAAGGCCAAGGGCAUCUCAGGCUCUGCUGGGAAGGCGCUGGCUGUCUGGAGCCUGGACGGGCAGCAGGCCCUGCAGGUGUGUGGAACUCACCAACUCACCAAUCCUGGGAUUGCCGAGGUGACGAUCCGGCCGGACCGCAAGAUCCUGGCCACUGCGGGCUGGGACCACCGUAUCCGUGUGUUCCAGUGGAGGAAAAUGCAGCCGCUGGCCGUGCUGGCCUUCCACAGUGCCGCCGUGCAGUGUGUGGCCUUCGCCGCCAAUGGCUUGCUGGCCGCGGGCUCCAAGGAUCAGCGCAUCAGCCUCUGGUCACUCUACCCACAUGCAUGACUCACCUGCUCCCUUUCCAGGAGACACAGAGGGUGGGCUGUGAGGCGGGCAUCAGGCCCCAGCCUCGACCUGAAACCUCAAGGGCCUCUGAGGACCAGCAAGUCAUGGCCCAAGGACCAUGGAGUCCCCACUGUCUUCAUGGAGUUGGCAUUUUUUUGUGUGGAGUGCGUCAUUACAGGACGGUGACUCUGGGGGGCCAGCUAGUGCCCUGGGCAUCUGAGGUCUGCAGGAGACGUUGGCUUGGGCCUGCUGUGUUGACAGCUGAGGGUAUUUUAUAAUAAAUUUCCAUUGCCAAGUUG